AUGCAGCGGGACGAUCUGUCUGCCAUGGAGGAGUUCAGCUACACCCAGAUGCCCACGCUGGAGAGGGGGGGUGGCGGGGGUACGGUGGGCCGGCGGGGGUGUGCGGAGAGGGAGCGGCCGGAGAGCUACACGGUGGACGUGAGGGCCAGUGACCUGCAGCUUGCCCACUCUGAGAAGCCCAUGCACCCCUGCCUCAGCUACAGGACCUGGCUCUACAGCGUUCUCAUUGGGAGCAGUCUGUUGGUCACAGCAGGCUUCUCUCUCUACCUGGGCAAUGUGUUUCCUGCUGCUAUGGACUAUCUGCGCUGUGCUGCAGGCUCGAGUGUCCCGGCAGCAGUUGUCAGCUUUGCCAUUGCCAAGAACCAUCAUGUUGCAGUGUCAGAUUUCCAGGUGGUAUUUGUGUCCACCUUCGCUGUGACGACCACUUGCCUGGUGUGGUUUGGCUGUAAGCUGGUGUUGAGUCCCUCUGCUGUCAAUAUCAACUUUAACCUCAUCCUGCUGAUUCUGCUGGAGGUGCUGAUGGCAAGUACAGUCAUCCUGUCUGCACGCUCUGCAGAGGACUGCUGUAGCCACAGGAAGCCAGUGACGUAUGACGGUCCUGUGGUUCUGACACCGGCCGUCUUUCCCACCCGACUUCUAAAGGCCUACUCUGUGAUUGAGGUGAUAGUAGGAAUCUCGGCUGUGUUUGGCGGUAUCAUCGCUCUCAACAUGGACGUCUUGCUCCCUGGUCCAUACCUGUCUGUCACCUUCUUCUGGAUCUUAGUGGCUUGUUUCCCCAGUGCCAUUGCCAGCCAUGUUGUGGCAGAAUACCCCAACAAGUGUCUGGUGGAGAUGCUGAUUGCCAUCAGCAGUGUGACGUCCCCGCUGCUCUUCUCAGCCUCAGGCUUCCUCUCCUGCAGUGUACUCAGUUUCAUUGACAUCUUCCUGCAUGAGGUGCCUACAGCCAAGCAAUCGUAUGAGAUCCUACUGCUGAUUCUGAUGGCGCUGCUGCUGGUGCAGGCAGUUCUGACUCUGGCCACCGUGGUGCACUGUGCCUCCUACAAGAGCCAGCUCCGCAUGGGGGGUCCAGAGUGGGAUGACAGCCUGCAGCUCCCAGCCUUCCACUCAGAGCAACAAGCAUCCAAUGGAACACUGCGGGAGUUUGACAAAGACAAGGCCUGGAAGGCGGUUGUGGUCCAAAUGGCACAGUGA